GCCAGUGUAACCUGUUCAUUCAUUACAGAAUGGCCGCCAACAAGGAACGCACUUUUAUUGCCAUCAAGCCUGAUGGAGUCCAGCGCGGCCUCAUGGGGGACAUCAUUAAGCGAUUCGAGCAGAAAGGUUUCCGAUUGGUUGCCAUGAAAUUCCAGCAGGCUUCUCAGGAUUUACUCAGACAGCACUACAUUGAUCUGAAGGAUCGUCCAUUUUACCCCGGGCUGGUGGAAUACAUGAGCUCUGGGCCCGUCCUUGCUAUGGUCUGGGAGGGACUGAAUGUGGUAAAAACUGGCCGUGUGAUGCUGGGUGAGACCAACCCCGCUGACUCCAAGCCUGGCACCAUCCGGGGAGACUUCUGUAUACAGGUCGGCAGGAACAUCAUUCACGGCAGCGACUCGGUGGAAAGUGCCAAUAAAGAAAUUGCCUUGUGGUUUAAAGACGAGGAGCUGGUGGAGAACAAAAGCUGCGCGUACGAGUGGGUGUAUGAGAACUAAGCCCCCCUACUUCACCUUCCAUUCUGUUGCCUCUUUACUGCAAUAAAGUGUUACAUCUCGUCCCACCCAACUGUCGGCUGAUCCUUUCCUGGUUGCCAUGGCUACUGGUAGUGGAGUGGGAGGUCAGGCGGGAAGGUUACAAGUUGUGUAGUGACUCGGUCCUGUCAUUGGGCAAAGAUGCUGCUCAAUUUCUACUUGUGCCCAUUCUGUGCCCUCACUACUCGCUAUAGGCCGAGCUCACGCUGCAGCACAAGGGGGUGACCUGUCUGUUGCUAUAGUAACCACUCUCCUUCCCCCGUCUGUCGGAUCUGCUGGUCUGUCUCUCACUGGCGCCCAAUAGAAACAUCUUAUUCCCUCUGCCCUUGUCAUUUAAUGGCUUCUUGCGUGUGAUUGUCCCAAUGCAUCAUGGGGGGUGCUGUGCGUCUGCAUUAAUGGUUUCACCCCUUUUUGGAAAACAAUCUCCAAUUUAUCGUUCUCACCCUUAUGCUGCUGGGAGUUUAUGGUGGUACCAAUGCCAUGUCUGCUGGGAAAUUCCUAAAUAAAAUCCCUAUAGAGGAGUGUGAAUGGGAAAUGCUUCUGCAAGUGUCACCCAUAACUAUAAACUGUCACAUGGGAGGGAAAGCAGAUCUGCACAUCUGUUAGUGUCCAGCUUAUAGUCUUAUGUGAUU